AUGCGAGUUCAUCCGCGCAUUCCCGGUACAGAAUGUUCGCUUUUCUGGCGAGGGAAAGGAGGGCCCGGGAACGGUCCCCCAAAAAGGGGUUCGCUUUCUGAAUGGCAAGAAGAAUCGGACGCUUUCCAGCGCGACCCACGUAGCCAAUUUGUAGCAAAAACUGCUCGUGUCCUGUCCAGCAAAGCAUUCAUUUCACGAGUGUCACUGGGAAGCGAUGAGCUCCAGAAAAGAAAAGGUCUGUGGGGGACGCCGAUCUGUGUCCAAAACACAUCUGCUUUCCUACAACAUGAACACACAUCCUUCACCAACACAACUCUUAGCUUAACCACCAAGAACUUAGACAGAGGUAUGUGGACGGUGAACUCAAUCGGGCGUUUGGGAAAUCAGAUGGGAGAAUAUGCCACCCUCUAUGCCUUAGCUAAGCUCAAUGGGCAUCAAGCCUUCAUCCUUCCAGGUAUGCAUCAUUACCUAGCAUCGAUAUUUCAGAUCACUUUGCCUGUGAUCCAUUCUGAAAUGGAGGGCAAGAUCCCUUGGAGGAACUACUAUCUCAACGAUUGGAUGUCUGAGGAGUAUCGGCACAUCGAAGGCAAAUACGUGAAGCUGACAGGUUAUCCUUGUUCUUACACUUUUUAUCACCACAUCCGCCAGGAGAUACUCCAGGAGUUCACCUUCCAUGACUAUCUCAAAAAGGACGCCAAUACAAAACUUUUGCAGAUGCGGGGGCAGCGCGAGACGGUAACAUAUGUCGGCAUUCACGUCCGGAGGGGGGAUUACGUACAUAAGAUGCCCAAUAUCUGGAAAGGUGUCGUGGCGGACAAAGGUUACCUGGAAAAAGCCAUGGAUUACUUCAGAGAGAAGUACCACGAUGCUGUCUUUGUGGUAGUUAGCAAUGGGAUGGCUUGGUGCAAGGAAAACAUCGAUGCUUCCAGGGGGGACGUUUACUUUUCUGAUGAUGGGCAAGAGUCAUCCCCAGGGUGGGAUUUUGCUCUCAUUGCUCAUUGCAACCAUACAAUAAUGACCAUUGGGACCUUUGGCAUCUGGGCUGGUUACCUGGCUGGUGGAGAAACAGUUUACUUGGCCAAUUACACCCUCCCAGACUCACCAUUCCUCAAAGUCUUUAAGCCAUCUGCAGCAUUCCUGCCUGAAUGGACUGGGAUCCCAGCUGACCUCUCUCCUUUGCUACCCAAAUCAUAA